UAAUGAAAAUCGAUAAAUACUCAUAACAUUCCUAAAACUUGUUCGCAGAUUUAUUAUUUCGCACUUUCCUCUCGUUAAUUUAUUAAAUUAUCUAAAUCUUUGAAGUGAUGGUGUUUCUUGCCAUUUCUUCGUACUUAAUUUUGUUAUUUGUGUAAAAUGCAGAAUUCUCAAGCUAACACUGGUAGACAGGCUAGGCAACAACUGCAGCAACCGUAUCAGCACGGGCAUUCGCAUCACCAUCAUCAUUACACAGAAAACAAUAAGUCACCAUCAUCUAUACCACCCAAUUCGUUAGCUAUUGCCAAAUCGUACGUGCCCGCAGCAGCUUCGACUACCUCCGACGAUACAGACUUUCAUGAAUCGGAAUCUCGGUAUGAAUGUGCCAUUUGCUUACAUUGGCUUAAUGAACCUAUGAUUACAACUUGUGGUCAUCGGUUUUGUAAAACAUGUCUGACAGAAUGGCUUAAUAAUCACAAUCAGUGUCCGUUGGAUAAUACGAAACUUUCGGAGAACGAUUACUUUCCCGAUAACUUUACAAAGCGCGAAAUUGAACAAAUCAAACACAAGUGCCCCAAUUCGCCAUUGGGCUGCGCAGUAGUGGCUUCGCCAAUAGAAGUGGAUCGGCAUUUGCCGACAUGCCCAUACAGAAGACUGGAAAACUCUGAGGAAAAAUGUCCAUUUGCUAGCGUAAAAUGUGACUUUGUCGGCAGGCCAGAAACCAAUGCGCUGGAGGAACAUCUAAAAGACGAUAUGCCACAUCAUAUGCAACUUAUGUUGCAAGCAUUUCAGCAAACAGCUAUUUCUACAUGGAAUCCACAAAAACCGACCACAUCAAGCGGAGGAAAGGUAAAUGGAGUGCUACCACCACCGCCACCGCAGUACGCCAAUGAAGCUGACGAGCAACUCAUACAAAGCAUGUAUCAACGCAUUGUUGUAUUGGAACAACGUCUACGUGAACAAGAUUUAAAAUUGGAAAAUCUAACAAAACAAUUAGCAGUACGCCAACAAAUUGAUGCACGCUACAGUAACGGCACAGUCGUGUGGGAGAUAACAAACUUUCGAAAUGUAGUUGAACAGCUACGCACUGAUGCUAACCAUUUACUUUACUCACGAGACUUUUACACAUCUCCACAUGGCUAUAGGUUUUGUGCACGUCUGAACAUACAACCACGACACGUAAACUUAUUAAGCCUACAUGUGCAUUUAAUGCAAUCUGAAAAUGACUUCCACUUGGAUUGGCCGUUUAAAGGGCGCAUUAAGCUGUGCAUGGUACAUCCGAAAGAUCCUAUUCUAUCGCAACAUGAUACAAUCAUGACAAAACCGGAGGUAAUGGCAUUCCAUAGGCCGCGUGAACGUAUAAGUACACGUGGUUUUGGUUUUGUGGAAUAUGCGAAAAUAGCAGAUGUGAUGCUAAAAGGAUUCUGUGAGGAGGACAAGGUGGUAAUCAAAAUUCAAAUAAAUUUAGUUUAGAAUUAAUAGAAGGCUUAGUGAGUAAUAGAUAAAAUGUGAGAGCUUCGUUAAUUGUAUAUUGCAUUAACGUCCUUAAGGAACAUUUUCUAUGCUAUUAAAA